UGCUGCAUGUCUGGGUUUGCUCUUGUGGACCCCAUCAUAAACAUGCAGUGUGGUAUCGAUCAUGUAUCCGAUGCUCAAAAGGUCAAAUUGUGCUCCGCCGUGAUCCAGCUUGCAAGUGCAUUGUUGUGACAUAAGUGCUGCAGUCAUUUUUCACAACGGGACAGCUCUUCUGCAAUAAACAUGCAUUCAAUCAUCAGCAAGGAAGACUGCUGCAGUCUUCAGUGCAGGGCAGAAUAUAACUUAGGGUUUUUGUUCAUACUUUUUUUUUUAACCAAGCAUAGUAAGGAUUUUUUUUUUUCCAGAUAGAAAAAUGUUCCCUGAUGAUGGCCAGUGGCCAUAAUGCUGCCUUUGUUUUCUCCACCAAGCUGACAAUUAGAGGUGAGAUGAAGCAGCGUUGCUCAAUACAUUAAUCAUGCAUGCCUAGUUUUCAUUUUUGGCACACGGGGUGGGGGUGGGGGGAGUGAAGAGAAACUCGCUCGUUUCUCACACUGCCUCCUGUCAGCCAUGGGUGCCACGGGACGACACACGCUCUGGACCCUGUGCGUAUGCUUUGCGGCCCUUCAGACAAAUGCUUUGAGGGUGACCAUGAGAGAAUCCACGGUGGAGGUGGUCCGAGGGGAUUACGUCAUCCUGCCUUGCUCCUUCUUCACCUCCAGCCCCCUCUCCCGACUCAACAUAAUCUGGACCAUGGCUCCCUUCUCCAGUCCGGAAUCCCCCAUUCAGGUGAUCGUGUAUGACCACGGCCAGAUUAUAGAAGACCCCUCCCUCAUUGGCAGGGUGGGCUUUACAGGUAUCCCAUGGAGUGCAGACAUCAUGGUGAACGAUACUCACGUGUCGGACGCUGGGAUUUAUCGCUGCAUGGUCAACAACCCUCCAGAAACGGCAGAUCCCGGCAUAGGAGAACUCCAGCUCACAGUUUUAGUGGCACCAUCGCUGCCCGCGUGCCAGUGGGACGGCAACACAGACGCGGGGGGUAGCGUCACGUUGUCCUGCUCGGUUGCCGAGGGCAUUCCCACUCCGGAGAUCCACUGGGAUAAACUCAACCCAGAGGAAAUUUCACUUCCUAUCAACAUGGAGGGCGAGCUGUCGGGUUCAGUCCAGAUUGUCAAUGUGUCCUCACAAACAUCCGGCCUGUAUCGUUGCUCCGCUUCCAACGUCCUUGGGACGGAGAACUGCUACGUCAACCUGUCCGUCUUCAGCGCGGUGGCAGGGAAUUCCUCAGGCAUCCUGCAGGGGGUGCUGCUGACUUUGUCCAUGAGCCUGAUGCUGCUGGCCUUGGUGGUGCUCAUGACGUGGCUUCAUCGUACAGGCCAGGACGGCCGAUGGAGGCUCUCCAAGGAGGAGGAGGAUGAGGAGGGCUACAAUGAGAUCCGCUAUACUCCAUCGUUAAUGAAGCGCUCCUUUGUGUAAGACAUUUUGCUAACAUGACAUGCUGCUUUUUAAAUAAAUUCUCCAAAUUAUGA